GAGGUGCUGAAAAUGCUCUGAGCCCAGCAAGACUACCCAACUGAGUGUUACCAGAUAAGCCAGUGGUUAAGCGUCCGUUUAAACCGUUGCCAAGACUACCCGACAAACCAGGAUUCAAGCCAGCAGACGGUGAUGGUCCUGUUCCCGAGUGCUGACCACCAGAGUGCCGGUUAGCAGAACCAGCACCACCAGUGGUUAAACCAGCCUUAACGCGCUUCCACUUCGCUCGUCUAUUCUGGAACCAUAUCUUCACCUGGACCUCAGACAACUUCAAUGCGUGGGCGAUGUGGGAUCUUUCCACCAAGGAGCCUGGUGCACCGUCGCACUUCGUACCUGAGUUAUACUGGAUUUCUCUUGGAACUGUGCAAAUUAUUAUUUCUGAGAACACUAUCAAAUUUUUGGUGACUUCGAUGUUUAUGAGGAAAAAAGUGCUACUGGAUGUCAUUGGGCAUUCUAUGGUGGAUUUAACGAAGAAUCAGAAACUCGCACGAAGCCCGCAUUCCGAAAUUCGAAAACCUAGGGGUCUUUAUGAAUUCCCAGGGCGUAUCUUUAGUCAUGGGAGCCACUUGACCGAUCACAUUUUUUACCUUAUGGAUUUUCACUGUUCUACAAGAAGAUGGACCUUGCGAAAGCGUCACCAUACUGCUCUGCUACUACAAGAAGCCAUUAUUUAGCAAUGUGAAAUGUCAAACGAUCGCAGAACUCUGUGAUUGGUGCCAAUACAUUGUUUAUUCGAAUCACAAUUGGCGUCUACCGCAGAAUAUGCAUCUACUGUUCCUCAUCGACGGACACGAUGUCAUUGCAAACAUUAAACGGCAUCACGUUCAGCAUUCAAAAGACGUCUGCCACCUUCUGCUUCUUUCUUAUUCUCAUUCAUCCGCCAUUUAUUCGACUUUUUAUUCGACUCUUUCAUUUUUUACUGUCUCGAGUCCUGUCGCACGCAACGGCUUGUUCAGAAUUUCGGCCACCGCGCGUCGCACCGCGAUUCCAAUAUGGCGAUAAUCAAGGCGGAAGUCUAAUUUUUUAAAAAAAAAUCAACAAACUCUAAAUAAUAUAUAACAAGCCCGUUAAACAGUCUGUCCACUAAUUAAUAUCUGUCAGAAUAAAUUGAACUGUAAAUCCAGUCCAAUCCAUCCAAUUAAACGAACCAAUCAAUUUUGCCUAUAAAUAAUUAGCAUAGACCCAAUGAAAAAUCAAUUACUUCCUCAAACAUUGGAAAUUUUUGUAUAUAACAACCCUGGAGAAAUCUUAUAAAAAAUUAGACCAAAAAUUUUGGAACAUUAGUAAGACUGAAUGAACAUUGAAAAUAAGUAAAUAAAAAUAUCAAUAUAACAAACAAAGAUCAGUGCCAAAGAAGAGCCCGGAUAGGUUCAAGAUGUCUACUAAGG